AUGGAUCUCCGUGAUAUUGUAGCCACUCGUGGCUUCGCGACCUAUAGCUUGCGUCAUCCUCGGGAGGCAUUGUCGAGCUUUGGCCCGACUCUGAAUGAGGCCACCUUCGGCUAUUUAGGGGCAUCGUUCCAGCCAGAGCGCGACAUUCGCAACCUGGACGACAAGGUCGUCCUUGUGACGGGAGGCAAUGCCGGACUAGGCAAAGAGACUAUCCUCCAACUCGCCAAACAUCGCCCGUCGCGCAUCUACAUGGCCGCCCGUACCGAGAGCAAAGCACGCGAAGCAAUCGAGUCGCUACAAAGCGAGCUAUCCUCCCCCGCCGAUAUCCGCUUCCUCGCCCUCGAUUUAUCUUCCUUUAAAUCCAUCCGCGCCGCCGCAGACAAGUUCCAGUCCGAUAGCGACCGCCUAGAUAUCUUGAUCCUAAAUGCGGGCACGAUGGGCAACCCGCCCACCACGACGGAGGAGGGCUUCGAGAUCCAGCUUGGCACAAACCAUAUCGGGCACUUUCUGUUAACAAAGCUACUUCUCCCUACCCUACAAAAGACCGUUGAUCUUCAGCGCGCCAAGGAGGAGGUGCCCGAUGUCCGGGUCGUGACUGUCGGUUCGGCGGCUCACGCCGUUGGUCCCUCGACCUUUGAAGAAAUUACAUCUACCCCUGGCUUAUUAGCUUCUAGUACCUGGACGCGAUACGGCGCUUCCAAGUUGGCUAAUAUCCUAUUUGCAUCCGAGCUGGCCCGCCGGCACCCUGAUAUCUUGUCUAUUGCUGUUCACCCCGGUGCGGUUGACAGCGGGCUCUAUGGACAUACAAAGACCCUCAACUGGGUGAUGAAUCACGGUAUCUCUGCUGCUGGCUCCAUGUUCUUCCGAAGUGUCACUAGUGGAGCCCUGAAUUCUCUUUGGGCGGCUGGCACGCAAAGGGAAAAUCUUAUCAAUGGAGCUUACUAUACUCCCGUUGGGUACCGCAGUGGUGGCACUGCGCCUGUGCAGAACGCGCAAUUGGCUCAUAAGCUCUGGGAUUGGACCGAGACCCAGAGAUCCGACACCCCAACCCCGUGUGUCUCACCAAACACUAUCACCACCAUGGGCCACAUCGUCGUGACUGGCGGCUCCGGCAAAGCAGGCCAAUUCGUCAUCAAAGAGCUCCUCAGCGCCGGACACACAAUCCUGAACCUGGACCUAAUGGCAUUGGAACACCCAGACGUGCAUACCCUGAAAACCGACCUCGUCGACAGCGGCCAAGUCUUCAACGCCCUAUCCGGUCAAUGGGCACUCCGCGAGCCCUUCCCGGAAGGUCUCCCGCCGCGCCCGGACGCCGUAAUCCACCUCGCCGGCUACGCACGCAACAUGCUCGUACCAGACAACGAGACCUUCCGCUCGAACACACAGGGCACAUACAACAUCAUCGAGGCGGGAUGCAAGCUAGGGAUCCGCAAGAUCAUCAUCGCUAGCAGCGUAACCGUGUAUGGGGUAGCUUUCGCGCAGGGUGAUACCAACUUCCCCUCAUUCCCGAUCCACGAAGACCUAGAUAUCAACCCGACGGAUACGUACGCGAUCGCCAAGCUGUGCGGUGAGCGCGUCGCACGGGGUUUUGCGGCGCGCUUCGGAGUGGAUAUCUACAUCCUGCGUAUUGGGCGUGUUAUCGAGCCUGAGGAAUACAAUCAAGAUAUCUUUUACAGCUAUGUGCAUGAGCCGACUAUGUGGAAGGUACAUGGAUGGUCGUAUAUUGAUGCGCGGGAUCUGGGUGGGAUGUGUGAGGCGGCGUUGCAGACGGAUGGACUUGGGUUUCAGGUCUUCAAUGCUACUAAUGAUCACAUUACCAAUCUUAGUCCGACCAAGGACUUUCUGAAGUCGCAGUUCCCGGAUAUACCUAUCACUCGUGAGAUGGAGGAGUUUGAGGCACCCUUUUCGAAUGCGAAGAUAAAGAAGCUUCUUGGAUUUCAGGAGAAGCAUCCUUGGCAUAAGUAUUUUAAUAAUUGGGAGAAGAAGCAGAUUGAGAUGGAGGAGAAGAGGGCGAUCACUCCUCCAGACUUCAUCAUGGAUCAGGCAAAGUUGGCUAGAAUGCAGGCGAGCGUUCGCAUCGCAUUUUUGAGCUUGAGAUAUGAUCGGGGUCAUGACGUGGAGCUGCGAUUCUGUGGAAUUGGUAGCCCUGGAGCUUGGUCAUAUCUCAAGGAUUCUACCUUCUGCCCAGAUCGGAGAAUCCAUGGCAAGGGUACCCCCCGCCGCAAGGUCAAGAAGGUCGUCCGCAACUCCGGCGCCGAUGACAAGAAGCUCCAGGCCGCUCUCAAGAAGCUGAACGUCCAGCCCAUCCAGGGUAUCGAGGAGGUCAACAUGUUCAAGGAGGAUGGCAACGUCAUUCACUUCGCCAACCCCCGUGUCCACGGUGCUGUCCCCUCCAACACCUUUGCCCUGUACGGUAACGGUGAGGAGAAGGAGCUCACCGAGCUCGUCCCCAACAUCCUCAACCAGCUCGGCCCCGACUCCCUCGCUUCCCUGCGUAAGCUCGCCGAGAGCUACCAGAACAUGCAGAAGCAGCAGGGUGAUAAGAAGGAGGACGACGAGGAGGAUGAUAUCCCCGACCUCGUCGAGGGCGAGAACUUCGAGACUAAGGAAUAAAUACGCCUAGAUGCGAACUAAAUCGAGUCUUUAAAAUACUUUUGUCUUAUGAUCA